AUGACCGACCGCGGCUGGUUCGGUCGCGGGCGCUCUGCGCAUACUGCGCAACAGCAAGCGCAGCGAACCAACGCACCACCUGAUCCUCAGAGCGAAGCUAGAGAUGAGGCGCAAAAUGCGUCGCUUCAUCGUUCCCAGACACAAGUCCCGCUGCAGCAGAACCACCACCACCACAAGCCCCAGAAGCUGAGCAAAAUCUCGAGCUUCAUCAACCUGGUCAAUCCGGCGAAGGCCGAAUCUACUACCGUCCCAGUUUACCCUGAACUCGUCAUGGAGCGGAGUGAAUCGAUCAGACCUGGCGCUGCCGGUCACCACGUAACUUCAGUCGACGGCGGGGGCCCUGUUGGCGAUUGGCAACCCCUACCCAAGGAGGAGAGAGAGUAUCCCAAAUACAAAGCAUCCAAAUGUACUUGGGAGAACCCGAGUCUUAAGCAGAUGGUGGAGACCGUGUCGUGCACAAUGAUGAAGAAUGGUUCAUCUGCGCCGAUUCCGCGUCACCUGAAUGGCUGGAUCGCCGGCAUGAUGGAGGAAGUCUCUCACCAAACUAGAGAACUCGAGAGUCUGCGCGUUGAGAUCGCGGAGCUAAAGGCAACUCGGCAGGAAGAAGUCAUCGAAUUUUCCAAAGUCACAGAAGAGUGGGCGCAGCGCGAGAAGGACUUCAAGGCCGAGAUCAAUCGUUUGGAGCACAUCGUAUCCGACACUCAGCAAGGUGCUGAGUCUGUCAUGCUGGCAAGGGCUGGAAGCGUCGUCAAUCGCAAUGAUGGCAGAGCCUUUAGAGCCAAGCUGAAUCGCUUGAGCAGGAGUGACGAAGGAGAUGGCAAUGCUCUUGAAGAGAGUAACCCCACAGACAGGCACCGGGACUAUCUCGUUGAGCACGAGAAACGUGACUCUGUUGCGUUGUCUCCUGGUGAUGUCGGCCUGACCGUCAAUACGACUCCGUACAAUGUCCUGGGAUCCACGCCCAGCCUGCUCGAUAGUAACAACGAUGUCCAUCUGAGCAAGCAGCUCCGAGACGCAACCCCCGGGCGUGACCGCAAGCAAGAUCAGGACAUUAGUGCGAGACUGGUCGCUGCACGAAUUUCGCUUCAGACGACUGGAAAACCGCCAGCCCCUAGUGCACAGAACUCGAAUGAGUCUUCAUCGCAAUCGUCCAGUGGCAAUGCCAGUUGUAGCUCUUCGCUCAUCGCGCAGGGUCUCGCCAAGAUAGCACAGGCCAAGGUCACACCACACACGAGCCCUACCAAGGACGAGAACCUCUGUGGUCGACCAGUCGAAGAGCUCAAGAAGGGCAGUGAUGUUUUGGGAACAAUACGACAGCUCGCGGCACAGAAUGGUGGCCUGCCAGACGCCGCUAUUGAUGAUGAGAGUAGCUGCUCAUCAUCAAUUGUUGACCCUAGAGGUCAUCGAGCCCGUGAAUCCGUGCUGAGGUCAAUGGGUCACAACCACGCGACGGAGGCCAACGAGGAGAAGGCUGCCGCUGCCGAGCUCAAGAAGCUUGAGGUAGCGUCUAGCCGCGCUUUCAUUAGCGACGAAGAGCUGGCUUGGGUCCCCAACCGUCAGGCUAGUACCCAGAGGCUGCAGUCGCCGCCGCAAAAGGCGCUCAAGAAGUCGACAUCCGGUCAAAGUGGUCCGAACGAGUCGCACCCUCAAGCCGCCUAG